UCAACGGUUUACAGCCAAACCGCUCUCGAAACUUUUCAUGAGGAUAUGGUGCAUGAUGCACAACUCGAUUAUUAUGGGAAAAGAUUAGCUACCUGUUCCUCUGACCGUUCUAUUAAAAUAUUCGAAAUUGACGGAGAAAAUCGUCGAGAAAUUGAAACAUUGAAAGGACACGAUGGUCCUGUGUGGCAGGUCGCUUGGGCUCAUCCGAAAUUUGGAAAUAUAUUGGCAUCAUGUUCAUAUGAUAGUAAAGUUAUUAUUUGGAAAGAACAGAAGGGAUCUUGGAAGAAAAUCAAGGAAUACACGGUGCAUACAGCUUCUGUGAACUCUGUAUCUUGGGCACCUCACGAACUUGGCCCAAUCUUAGCUUGUGCCUCCUCUGAUGGAAAAAUAUCCGUGCUCACCUUUAAAGACGAUGGCUCAUGGGAUGCACGUACUUUUGAAGCACAUACUAUCGGAGCUAACUCGGUCAGUUGGGCGCCAGCGACAAUACCAGGAGCGUUAAUUCAAACCAUUGGUGGUGCACCUAACGUGAACGUUACCAAGAGAUUUGCAUCAGCAGGCUGUGAUAAUUGUAUAAAAAUCUGGGCUUAUAGUGAAGAUACUAAUGAAUGGAGAGAAGAGGAUACUUUGGAAGGACACACGGAUUGGGUACGUGAUGUCGCGUGGGCUCCAAAUAUAGGCCUGCCAAAAAGUUAUUUGGCUAGUUGUUCUCAGGACAAGACUGUUUUUAUUUGGACCCAAGACACGCCAACUUCAUCAUGGAACAAAAAGCCCCUUCGUAGUGAAAAGUUCCUUGAUGUCGUAUGGCGAGUUAGUUGGUCUUUAUCUGGAAACGUGCUUGCAGUUGCUUGUGGUGACAAUAAAGUCACCUUAUGGAAAGAAAAUUUAAAAGGUGAAUGGGAAUUAUUGAGUGAUUUGGUCGAACAAUAG